AGACCUCUACUGCACAGAGAACCACACAUGGCUCCUACAAUCACUUCAGCAAUGACUUCUUCCCAGGACCACCUAACCCUGCCCCACAAGAUCAGAAAGCCACUGGUGGAAAAGCUCCGCAGAGAGCGAAUCAACAGCAGCAUUGAGCAGCUCAAAUCUCUGCUGGGUCCAGAGUUCCUCAAACAAGAACCUGACUCCAAGAUGGAGAAAGCAGACAUUCUGGAGAUGACAGUUGACUUCCUGAGACAACUGCAGCUCUCUCGCCAUGGAAAAUCUUUCAAAGGUUUAACAGCUGCCAACCAGGGUCACUCCAGGUGUGUCCAGGAGGUGGUCCACUUCCUGUCUAAGGAUGAGGUGAAGACACUGGCCAACAGAAGAAUGUUGGAUCACUUCCAGAACCUUCGGACCUCCUCUGAUACAAGGCUGACUGAGGGUGGUUCAAUUCAGUUGAGCUCUCCACUCAAGCCCAAUAUCACCAAAGAGAAGAGUUCAGUUAACAGCGCCGUCUGGAGGCCCUGGUAGAAACCUACACACUGGAGGUACCAGACAACAUUGGCCAUGUUGUUCACAACAUGUUGUUGUCAAUGUAUAAUAUCAACUCAAUAUUGAUGUUCGAAUAUCAUGUUAUUCUUCUAAAAGAAGACCUCCACAUGUUUCUGCUAUGUGUUGUAGUGUACUGUAUCAACUGUCUGUUAUUACAGAUUCACAAAAGAGCUUUUUCUGCUUUAGAGUUUGAUGUUCAAACUUAAUGGCAAUUAUUUGAUAACAUAUAGAGCCUUUCUCUCUCAUGUAAAGAUAGGGCAUGUUUGGUGCAUUUAUUUCCAUUUAAGGAAACAUUUUACACCGUAUAAUUAAUUACUCAUGAUCAUAUUGAUCUAGUCUGUGUUCUUCCUUCAAAUCUGUGAAUUGUAAUCUGUGCUUUAACAUUCUUCUAAAAGAAGAAAACCUCCACAUGUUUCUGCUACGUGUUGUAGUGUACUGUAUCAACUGUCUGUUAUUACAGACUCACAGAGGAGCUUUUUCUGCUUUAACGUUUGAUGAUAUUGAAAAUAUUUAACUUAAUUUUCUAAGGGAAAUACAUGGCAUAUUUAUGCAUUUGGUUAGAUUUGAAGGACCAUUUUGUUACUCUAAAAUGAAUUGCUGAUGAUCGUGUGGAUCUAUUUUGUUUUUGUAAUUUAAAUCUCUGAUUUGUAAUCUGUGAUCUAUUGAAUUCUGAUCUGUUUGUAUUGUAUGAUGUUAUUCUCAUACACACAAGUGGUGAUAUUUUAAUUUCAUUUUCAUGAAAUUCAUGAAAAGUGGUACUAUCCCAACUGGAUAGUAACCCUACUUCAUUACUUUGCGAUGAAACAUUCCUGAUCAAUUAUAUGAUCCUGUUUCUUUUGUUUUAAUUAUGAAGCUUAAAACAUUGGAUUCAUAGUAAACUAUGAGUUAAGCUUUGAGUGUAAACUCAACAUUGUUACCUUUAACAUUUUAUAUCUUUUAUGAAGACAACUGUUCAAAUGUUCAUCCUCUACUCUGUUUGAGUACAAUGUGCUUUGGAGAUCUUUUUCAAAUGAUUGUUGUGAUGUGUCAUCACCUCUAUUGGACUUCAGUUGAAGUUUAUACUGCUGAAUAUGUCUGUGUGAAUAAAAAACUUAAAAUGAACUAA